GAUUUUUUUUUUUUUUACAAUUGAAACAACCAAGUAUUUAGAGACAUAACUUAUUUUUCAGGUAAAACCCAUCUGUGCUUUGAAACAAAACUGCAUCCUCCCAAAGGAAUCAUUGGCUAACUCAGUAUCUAAGGUAAACUCUACCUCUUCCAAAGGCCAUGGUGAAAGAAAAGAAAAAAGCAGACAAGAAAGGAGAUAAGUCGGCUCGCUCCCCCUCCUCUAAUUCUGAUUACCCAGAGGCUUCCAAACAAAAUGGCAGUGCCAGUAAGCAGGAAGUACCCAGCAGUGCCAACAUCCCAACGCUGGAAAUGUCACUCAAACAAUCGGCACCCAAAAGAGACUCCACAAAUAUGUAUCAGAGUGAAGAUGAAACCCAGUAUGAAGAGCCCAUCCUGACCAAACUCAUAGUAGAAAGCUAUGAAGGGGAGAAAGUGCGGGGAUUGUAUGAGGGAGAAGGCUUCGCUGUCUUUCAAGGCGGAAACACCUACCAUGGUAUGUUUUCAGAAGGACUGAUGCAUGGACAAGGGACUUAUAUUUGGGCUGAUGGAUUGAAAUAUGAGGGGGACUUCGUGAAGAAUAUCCCCAUGAACCAUGGCGUGUACACAUGGCCAGAUGGCAGCACAUAUGAAGGAGAAGUGAUCAACGGCAUGAGGAACGGAUUUGGUAUGUUCAAGUGUGCCACACUGCCCGUGUCCUACAUCGGCCACUGGUGUCACGGCAAGAGACAUGGGAAGGGCUCCAUCUAUUACAAUCAAGAGGGAACCUCUUGGUAUGAGGGAGACUGGGUAUACAACAUCAAAAAAGGCUGGGGAAUAAGAUGCUAUAAGUCAGGAAACAUAUAUGAAGGCCAGUGGGAGAACAACAUGCGCCACGGGGAAGGCAGAAUGAGAUGGCUGACAACAAAUGAGGAGUACACUGGGCACUGGGAGAAGGGGAUCCAGAAUGGCUUUGGAACACACACAUGGUUCCUAAAGAGGAUCCCCAACUCUCAGUAUCCUUUGAGAAACGAAUAUAUAGGAGCAUUUAUAAACGGAUUCCGUCACGGCCAUGGGAAGUUUUACUAUGCCAGUGGAGCAGUGUAUGAGGGAGAAUGGAUUUCCAACAAAAAGCAUGGCAGGGGCAGAAUGACUUUUAAGAAUGGACGUGUGUAUGAAGGUCUGUUUUCCAAUGACCACAUCGCACAGUACCUUGAAGCUGAACUCGAUUUUUCACGCGGCCUGGACCGUCGGUCAGAUGUCUCCCAAAGGAGCAGGCAGCCUCGGGGAUCUUCUGUCAGUGCUGGUAGGGAGCCUGAGACCCUACGAAAGUUGGAUGGCAGUGAAAGCCAUUCUGUGUUAGGAUCGAGUAUUGAGCUGGACUUGAAUUUGUUGCUGGACAUGUACCCUGAGGAAAGCCAGGAAGAAGAAAAGAAGCAGGUGGAAUACGCAGUCCUGAGGAACAUUACAGAGUUACGAAGAAUCUACUGCUUCUACAGCGGCCUUGGCUGUGACCACUCUCUGGAUAACACCUUUCUGAUGACAAAGCUUCACUUCUGGAGAUUUCUCAAAGACUGUAGGUUUCAUCACCACAAUAUAACCCUUGCAGAUAUGGACAGGGUACUAAGUGUCUACAACGGCAUACCAAUCGAAGAAAUCCACUCUCCGUUCAGAACUAUACUCUUAAGAACAUUCCUGAAUUACCUCCUGCAGUUGGCUCACCACAUCCAUCACAAAGAAUUCCAGAACAGAAGCCCAUCACUCUAUUUGUGUUUUACAAAACUGAUGACUGAGAACAUUCAUCCACAUGCCUGCCAGGUAAAAGGUCAUUUAUUCAGUGAGCAACAGCGGACGCUCUACUCAAUGAAUUAUAUCGAUAAGUGCUGGGAGAUUUACACAACCUACUGCAGACAGAACGAAUCCCCACCCUAUGAGCUUACGAUGAAAAUGAGAAAUUUCCUCUGGAUGCUGAAAGACUUUAGGAUGAUAAAUAAGGACUUGACUGCAACCAAAUUUAUGACUGUGAUAGCGGAGGAUAGCCCCUUCGUGUAUGAUGGAACCGACAGCAAUUUUGAACUUGAGCUGGUUUUCCUGGAGUUCUUUGAGGCUCUCUUGUGUUUCUCACUUUGCUGCAUUUUUGACCGGAUGACAAGAUCCUAUCUGAAAGUCCCAUAUGAUGAUGGCACUGGAAACCGCUAUGGCAGCACUCACACAAUACUAAACCAGGACUGUUUGAUAGUCGGGCUGGUCCCCAACACCUUACCUCUCAGUCAAUGGUUCUACCAUCUGGGGAUCAAGGUUCCAACACACACUCCUUUGGAGGACACCUUUCAUCCAAACCAUCACACAAGGUAAAGGGUGUUACCAGGGACAGAGUCUCAUCUAAUAGUGAUAAAGUGGUCAACUAGGUAAAAGGAGAAAGUCCUAUUGGCUAUUCAGAUUAUGAUGAGCUUUAAAGGACAUGCAAAAGCUAAUAGAAAAAAAACAGGUAAAUCAGACCUGGGGUGCUGCCCAGAAGGCACAGUGCUUGUUCAGCAUGCAUGAAGCCCUGGGUUCCAUCCCUAGCACUUUGUAUAUCAGGCAUGGUGGUGCAUGGUUGCAAUCCCAACAUUCAGGAGGUGGAGGCAGGAGGAUCAGGACUUCAGUGUCCAUCUCUGCUAUCUAUUGAUUCCAACAUCAGCCUGGGCUACAUGAGAUCCUGCCUCAAAAGGAAGGGAGUGUGUCAUUAACAAAAGCUAUUAGGAUCCUGCCCCAAAAGCUUUCUCCCAGGGUCCACGGUAGACUCUACAGCCAGCUAGGAAUCUACUUAUCUGAGGGUAGAAUAAAUCUACGCAUGCCAUGCUCUUUCAGUCCGCCCACUUUAUUGUUCUAAGUAAGUGUCUCCUAAAUAUACAGCUUCUUUUCAGCUCUCAUUCUUAGCUUCCCUCUUGCCUGACUCUCCAUACACUUCUCUGCUGGUCUCUCUUUGUUCUACUCUGAGUCCCUGAAGUGUCCAGGUUUUAUACACAUACAACCAGCAAUGUCACAAGGCUUGAAUUCUUUCAGGAUCAUAAAAACAGGUAAGAGUUUACACCAGGCAGUGACUGUCAGGCUUUCUUUAUGACUCAUGGAGGGGGUGACUUGUAAAAGCCUCAGUGAACUCUUAAAGGGAACGGGGUCAAAUGAGAGGGAGAGAGACCUUAAAUCAAUUAGGUAAAUGUAAGAAGGAAAAAAGGGGAAUCUGCGUAUAACACUGCACUCCUAAGUGUGGUUAGACACUAAGCUGAUUAACACACCAAGGUGAAAGUACAAGGAGUUAGGAAUUGGUUAGUGUGAGGUUAGCUUGGGGCAGCACUUUCCUAUCUGCUGGCAGGGUCAGCCCAGGGCACACUUGUUCCCUGUCUCUCUAAGGCUGUGAGUCAACAAUUUUAGACAUGUUGUAAUUUAUGUCCUUGGAUGUCUAAGAAUGACUCAUAUGAGAUACUUUUGCCUGGACAUUUAACACUGGCCAAAUGCCUGCCAAUGAAGAUAAGUGCAGGAUGGCAGGCAUCUAAGUUUACACUGGAGAAAGGAACAGAGACCUGGUUGUGGGAAACAGGUUUUGACUGUGUGACUGUUUUCACACAUAGCUGGGAGAUGUUAUCCAAAUACCCCAAAUGUACAGGGGAAGUUGUGCCUGAUAAAUGAUCAGCCGCACUGUUAGGAGAUCUUGGAAAAAGAAUCAAAUGGGAAAGCUACAAUAGAAUACAAGAAAUGUACUGCAGGAAACAGCUAACACAUUCAAAAGGCUUCAACCUGCACCAGAGCCCUUGGCUCUAAUGGGUCAGCCCUGUCAGUGCAUGCAGAGUUCCUGCUUCCUAUUUCUGCGGCUCGCAGCAUGUAAUCGGUUUAUAUAAAAUUAUAGAGUGCCAAGUGUUGCGGUAGAAAGCAGCCCAUCCCCUGGGAAUGGGGAGAGAGAAGGAUUUUGGAGUGAGGUCAGGGAAGUUGGGUGUGAUAAGUGUGUUCACUGUCUUGUCUGAGGUGAUGUUUCCCAGGUGUGGAUACAUGUUCAUAGUGAGCUUGUUGCACAUCAGUGACACCUCACCAAAGGAUCACAUGUGUAUGUGUAUGCCUACACUUGUGUGCACACGUGCACGGAAACCAUA